AGAAAUAAGACGAAUGAAUAUUAUCGUCUUAAGAAGAUUGUAACGCUCGUGCGCUAGAUCGUUUGCGAUCUAUCAAAAAAAAAAAAAAAAAAGAAAAAGGAAGUGGCUCAUUAAUAGUUGGUGUAGUAAUAAUAGUAGUAGUAUUAAUAAUAAAAAUAGUAAUAUCGUGAUUAAAAUAUGCACAACGAUAAGACUCGAAUGUAAAAGUGUACAAGCUGUUGAAUUCACAUGACUUGACGUCUAUUUUUUGUGUGCAUUAUCGUUAAUGUGUAUGCGUGCUCUUUAUAUGUGUAUUGUUAUGUCAAAGUAUAUUACGAUUUGUCAAUAUACUCUUUUCAAUUUACUUAUCAAGAUAAAUAUAAAUCGGUAAUAGAUGAAUACGAAAGAGAAACUUAAAUAUCCAAAGUCCGUAUUUUUCAUCGUCAGCAAUGAAUUCUGCGAGAGAUUUUCUUUUUACGGAAUGCGUACGGUCCUGACGUUAUAUCUUGGAAAUACUUUGAAUUACGAUGAUAGGACUUCGACCGUUAUCUACCAUGUCUUCACCAUGUUCGUUUAUUUUUUUCCUAUAUUCGGAGCCAUACUAGCUGAUUCCUUAUUAGGGAAAUUCCGUACAAUAUUCUAUGUUAGUAUAAUCUAUGCUGUGGGACAAUUUUUAUUAUCCUUGAGCGCCGUACCGUCGAUAGGAAUACCAGCAAGGGAAAUUGCAUUACUGGGUUUGUUUCUAAUAGCCCUUGGUUCAGGUGGUAUAAAACCUUGUGUAGCAGCAUUUGGUGGAGAUCAAUUUAUAUUACCGCAACAGCAACAACAACUUUCCAAUUUCUUUUCCGUAUUUUAUUUCUCAAUAAAUUCGGGCUCAUUGAUAUCUAGUUUUCUUACACCGAUAUUACGAAGCAACGUGACAUGCUUCGGCGAUAAAACAUGUUACUCUUUAUCUUUUCUAGUACCAGCAGUAUUGAUGUCUAUAUCGAUCGUGAUAUUCGCAAUUGGUAAACCAUUAUACAAAAUAGUUGAUCUCCAAAGCAAUGUCGUUGUCGACGUUUCCAAAUGCAUCUGCUACGCUAUUAAAAAGAAGAUACAAUCGAAGAAGAAAAUGGACCAUUGGCUCGAUCAUGCAGCAGACAAAUAUGGUCAACAAUUAGUCGAUGAUAUCAAAGAUUCCUUAAAAGUAUUAAAGAUGUUUCUACCUUUGCCAAUAUUUUGGGCACUUUUCGAUCAACAAGGAUCGAGAUGGACGAUCCAAGCAUCGAGAAUGGAUGGUGAAAUCGGUAAUUUCGUUAUACAACCAGAUCAGAUGCAAGUAUUUAAUCCAUUAUUGAUUGUGAUUUUCAUUCCCAUCUUCGAGAUUUGCAUUUACCCAGUAUUUUCCAAAAUUCGUUUACUUAAUACGCCAUUAAAGAAACUUACAAUCGGUGGUUUAUUGGCUUCACUAUCCUUCGUUAUAUCUGCUGUUGUUGAAUUACAACUUGAGAAAACGUAUCCAAUAUUACCUACAGAAGGUGUGGCCCAAGUAAGAAUUUUCAAUACCAUGAAUUGUAAAAUACCGAUAACAAUCAACGAUCAAAAUUACGAUAUUGAUGGUCUAGAUUAUUGGAAAGAUAUAAACAUCGAUACUACUAAUGGCGAUGCUUAUUUAGAAUACUCCUUAAAUAUGACAAAAUGCAUUGAGGCUAAUUUCAUGAAUAAUAUGAAAAAUGAAAUUAUAAUGGAAGGUUAUCUCACUAUACCAAAUGCUGAAGCAAAAUCGUUUGCUAUUACACCUAAUGGAAUCCAAAAUGGCUUCAGCGAUGGAGUUGAAAAACCAAAAAAGGGUCUUCCUACGGUUCACAGUCUUAUUUAUUUAUCUCCAGAAUCAAUGAAAAAAUACAAUUCUAGCUUGAACUUUUAUACAGAAUCGAAGCUCACCGAAGUUAUUAAAUUAAAUAACACAAUUUUCAAAGAAACGUCAUUGCAUGAAAUCAAGCCAGAUAAAUAUGAUAUAUAUUUAAAUAAAAAGAAAUUAUUAUCAAAUAAGGAUUUAAAAUUAGGUGGAGUAUAUACUAUCGUUGGUUACGACAUACCAGAAAUACAAAAAACGGAAAUAUCUAUUAUUACUAUAACACCUCCUAAUUCCAUGCACUUGAUGUGGAUGUUACCACAAUACAUUGUUAUAACCAUGGCAGAAGUAUUAUUUUCAAUAACUGGAUUAGAAUUUGCAUUUACACAAUCACCUCCCAGCAUGAAAUCUUUAAUGCAAUCUUCUUGGUUACUUACAGUAGCUUUCGGCAAUCUUAUUGUCGUUAUUAUUGCAGAGGUUAAAUUCUUCAGUAGGCAGGUUUACGAAUUCUUCCUAUUCGCAGGUUUGAUGCUUGUGUUCAUGAUAUUAUUUAGCAUAAUGACAUUGUUUUAUAAAUAUACGAAUGUACCUGAAACAGAUGGAGAAGAAAUCGUAUUGGAAGAAAAAAAUGGAACGAUUAAUCAAGCGUAUAAAGAUGACGAACAAUGAAACAUACAAAAAAUAAAUUUUUAAAAUAAUGAAACUUAUACUCGUCUUCAACUUUUAUGUUGAAUGAUAAAACAUAUCAAGAUGUAUAUAAGUAUAUGUAUAUAAGUAUAUGUAUAUAUACUAUAAGUAUAUAUGUCGUUACAUGAUGUUUUUGUUAGAAAGACCGUUGUGUUACAUGUUGCAUCAACAAUGGCGACGAUUACAAUCGUAUCUUUACAUAUAAUCGUAUAUAUUACGUAUAACGUAAUUUUUUGACAAACAAUGUGUAGGAAAAUUCUUUUCCCAAGAGGAAUAGGAAAAAUUAGAAAGAAAGUGAAUAUAUGAAAAUUAUUGAAAAA